UCCAGUUCUUGAACACCUUCGACAGAGACUCGUUAAUUACAAAAUGGGUCUGAUAACUCCCUAUUGGGGCCUGGAUGGCCUCAUAAUUUUCACGUCCCUGUUGGUGGCAGCCUACAUGUACAUGACACGUAAAUUCAAAUACUGGUCAAAACGAGGCGUUAUGGAGGUUCCACCCACACCAUUCUUUGGAAACUUCUCGCAAUGCUUCACGCAAAGGAAAGCAGCCGCAGAAUUCUUAAAGGAUAUGUACAGUCUGGCCAAGGGAUUACCAUGCAUGGGAUUCUACAUUUUCGACAAACCAGCCCUUUUGAUACGGGAUCCCGAGUUUGUAAAGCAAGUCCUCGUAAAGGAUUUCGAAGUAUUUUACGACAGAUACGCGACGUCAGACGUGAGCGACAGUAUUGGAUACGCGAACGUUUUCCAACUAAAAAAUCCUAUUUGGAAGACCAUCCGAGCGAGGCUGACCCCCAUCUUCACCACUGGCAAAUUGAAGAGGAUGUUCGAGCAGAUGGCUUUCGUCGCCGACGACCUCAACAACCAUCUCGAAUCUUUAAAUUUGAAAACUCCGAAGGCGAUUGAUAUAAAGGAACUCUGCGCGAGUUUCACCACGGACGUAAUUGGCAGCACUGCUUAUGGCGUGAGGGUGAAUUCCCUUCAAGAUCCGAAAGCACCGUUUCGAGCUGCAGGCAGGCAAAUCCAUGCACUGACUUUCUAUCGCGGAAUGGAAUUUCUCAUCAUAUACUUUAUGCCACACUGGUCAAAAUACGUCAAAACGAAAUUCUUCGGGAAAGAGUUCAGUGAUUUUCUACGAUCCGUUUUCUGGGACGUGGUGAACCAACGAAUUCAGUCGGGAGUGAAGAGGGACGAUCUCAUCGAUCUUCUGAUCGAUAUGAAAAACAGGCACGAGAAAGAAGGCGAUCUCGGUGGAUUGAAUUUCAGUGGCGACGAUUUGGUGGCACAGGCAGCUAUUUUCUUCUCAGCCGGGUUUGAGACUUCAUCCACUACCAUAUCUUUUACGCUUUAUGAGCUUGCUGUGCAGAGAGACGUUCAAACGACUCUGAGAAAAGAGAUUCAAGAGGCGCUGGCAAAAACUGAUGGCAAGAUUUCGUAUGAAAUGAUCACGACCCUGCCGUAUCUAGACAUGGUGGUGUCCGAGACUCUUCGUAAAUAUCCACCCCUAGCGUUUUUGGACCGCAUUUGCAACCAGAACUACAAAGUGCCUAAUUCCGAUCUGGUGAUCGAGAAAGGUACACCGAUCUUCAUACCUAUGCUAGGCCUGCAUUACGAUCCGGAAUUCUACCCCGAUCCAGACAAAUACGAUCCGCUGAGAUUCACCGACGAGAACAAGAAGAAUAGACCCAACUUCAGUUAUUUGCCAUUUGGUGACGGACCCCGCGGUUGCAUCGGUCUUCGACUUGGACUAAUGCAAUCGAAACUCGGGAUUUUCCAAGUUAUCAGGAGAUUCGAGGUGACACCCUGCGAGAAAACAAAAAUUCCAAUGCCAAUGGAUCCCAGAGGACUCACCACCACAGCCUUGGGAGGAAUGUACUUGAACAUCCAGAAGAUCUCUGAAGUAUAA